GCAGCUAGGUGAGCGGCUCAUUCCACGCCGAACCAGCGACAAAGAUGGCUCGCUCCGCUACCCUCGUCGUCCUGCUGUGCCUCGCGGCGGCGUCCUGGACGACGUCGUCCGCGGCCAGGAUCGCGGAGAGCAAUGACAUCUCAGCCGAGGUCACCGUGGACGCCGAGCUCGCCGAGGUGGAGCCCCAGGUCGAGCUGGCCGAGAACUUGGUCGCCUUCCCUCCAAAGGCCCUCCUGGGAUGGGGCGCGUCGAGCACCCCUAGGUACAGGACGACCACGCCGAGGUACACCACGAGGAGGCCGACUACGAGGAGGCCCUCUACAACAACAUCCAGGUCUCACGACCAGAGCAUCACCUGGGGAGGCGUGUACCCUUAUGACAAGCAACUCGCAUCAAAGACGGUGUACAAGGCGGCAACCUACUUGCGGGUCAACACCGAGACGGUGAGCAUCAGCUCCCCGUACGCCACCAUCCACUGCAUCCAGGUCGUGGACCAGCUGCGGACCGGCAAGAACGCGGCCGUCACCCUUCUGAGUGGCGGCGUGGGGCAGCGCAGCGCCAGCCUCAGGUUCGACAGCAAGCGCGGGGAGAAGAUCAGCUACCUCCUCAUCGUCUGGGGCCAAUAGGCGAAGCCAAUCUACCAAAUAUAACUUAUGUUCCUAGCACUGAAAACGGAGAAAAACAUCUAUAUACGUGACUUCAAAAAAUUCUUACUCAUGUUACGAACACGCCAAAAAAGAACACAUGUAAAACACGUGCAAUUAUGUGGUAACAUGUAGCAAUAUGUAUCAACCUGAGCCAAAGCCCACGAGCUCGUCUCUCUCAUAUUUAUUUUAUUUUUAAAACAAUAAAAAUAUAACUGAUUUUUAUAA